GAGAUUUCUUGGCUGAGGGUCGCCAUCAGGACGAUCACUCAGCCCAUGGCACCCAAGCCAUUCACGACUAUUCAGGACGUGGAAACAUGCUACUCCAAAGCUGCCAAGGCCGAGUUGGACCAGGACUGGAGUCAGGCAUUUCGUUUGUACGUUGAAGCUGCAGAGGGCUUUCUCCAUUUCAGCCGCACUAGAGUCGAAGAUGCUCUUCGGGGGAGAUGCAAAUCUAGUGCAGGCAAGGCACUCGAACGAGCGGAGAAAAUCAAGGCAUUGAAGCAUGAUUUGGCGCCGGUGGCAGUAAACCGCUUCUCUGAACAGGAGCAAUAUUUUGUGCUCAAGAAAUCUUCAUUAAUAAAUGGCAAACGAUACCUUUCUUGGAAUGAAUCUUCCAAUCAACGGCAACAUAAUGUUUUAUACAGAGAAGUUGAACAACCUGAACUUUCUGCUGAGCAACAGGAAGUUCUGACCUGCUGGCAAAGACCAAGUGAAGUCCUAUCGGAGGCAUCUAUGGCAUCUCUCCCUCUCCUUCCAGAAGAUAUUAUACAGCACAUAGUGAACGACUGCUCGGUUUGUGCUUCUAUUGCAGUGUGUCUUGUACAUAAUCGUCGCUUUCAAUCAAGGCUGCUCUUAUCGUCAUUAUUCCCUCAAGGCCAAGAUUCAAUGCCUGUGCUGUCACCCGAGGGCAGAUAUGACGUCAAAAUAUUCGUCAAUGGGGAGUACCGCCGAGUAAUCGUUGACGACAAACUGCCGUUCAAUUGCGACGGGGUGCUCAUAGGUUUGUCAACUGGCAGCAAACUCCAAUUAUGGCCAUCCGUUAUUGAGAAAGCCUAUAUGAAACUGAUGGGAGGUUACGACUUUCCUGGAUCAAAUUCAGGCAUCGAUCUUCACGCCCUUGCUGCAUGGAUACCGGAGCAUAUUGAGGUAAAAAGUCCUACAUUUGAACGGGAGAAGACAUGGUCGCGCAUAUAUGAUGGCUUCACCAAAGGGCACUGCGUGCUCACAGUUGGUACCGAUGAUCGAAUACAUAUUGAUGGCUUUCAGCUGUUACCAUCACAUGAUUACGCAGUAAUAGAUAUUCGGGAGGUACACGAGGAACGCUUCUUAACAUUGCUCGAUUCCCGGGUGCGAGUGGACUCAGCUGAAAAAGGAUGCACACCUUCUGAAGACCCUCCAGCUGAUAGCUCAAGGAUUCUGAAUAUGUCUUGGAGUGAUAUCUGCGGCAUCUUUGAAGGCGUCUAUGUUAGCUGGAAUCCAGAUCGAUUCAAAUAUUCGGUCGUCUUCCAUGGCAUUUGGAGGCAUAACAAAGUAGAAGAUAAAGGACAAUCGUCAAGCCACCACCUGCGACUUCAACUCUGUGCCUGUCGAGAUCAAUCCGAACUACAAGAGAUCUGGAUAUUGCUGACCAGACAUAUCGUCAAUUCCCGCCAAACAUCCGAUUAUAUUGCUCUUAAUGUCCAGAACGAAGAAGGUAACAUAGCGCCAAUGGAUAUCAAUAAAAUUGCAUCCAAGGGAACAUAUACAAACAGUGUGCAUGUCCUUGUGCGAACACGUGUGGAUAAAGUAUCUGGCACCCUUUCAAUUCUAGUGUCCUAUGAUGGUCCUUCGGAAGAUGUUUGUUUUACCGUUAGCGCAUACUCGUCCCUCGAAAUCCAGUGGGAUAAAAGUGUUCCAUCUCCAUUCCACAGUACAAAGGUCGAUGGUAGUUUGACAAGCAAGAACGCUGGUGGUAACUGUACGUAUCCAACAUACAUGGUCAAUCCUCAGUACCAUCUGCGGAUAUAUCCAGAGGGACUGGAGAGCCAUCGUGCAGGACUCAGAUCCAACAUGGUCAUCGUUGCUCAGGCUUCUAGAGAUAUACCUCUUAAUCUCACCCUUGUCUGGUCACAAGGGGAGAGGACAAUAGAGUUGUCAAGGAAAGAAGUAGCAGCCAACUCUGGAGCAUAUAGUUAUGGCCUUGCUAGGAUUGGGAUCGAGCUUCCAGCUGGCGAUUACACGAUUAUCUUGUCAGCUUUCGAAUCAGAUCAUCUGGGUCCAUUCAAGUUAAAGGUCGAUAGUACAAAUCGUUUCGAUUUGAAGCCUAUUCCUCAAGAAGGAGCAGGGAUGUACAACAGGGUCGUUCGUGGAGAAUGGAACGCACACUCGGCUGCUGGGGGCCCCAGUCAUGAACGUUACUCACACAAUCCAAUAUAUCAAAUUAAAGUUCCCUCUACAACAAAGUUCAAAGCUCGUCUUCAGCUGGUGAAAGCGUCCCCCUCCAUUUCAGUCAACCUUUCUCUCUUUCAAUCCUCUGAUGUGGCUCUAGGUCAAUGUAUAGCAACUUCUGGACCAUAUUCCGAUGCGGUUUCAGGCGUAGACAUUCCUCAGGUGUCGCUGGCAACUGGGGUAUAUUUACUUGUGCCAUCAACAUACAACCCAGGCAUUCAAGUAGCAUUCAGAAUGAUCUUAUACAGUACGGCGCCAGGUUUGAAUGUCGUACAAAGGGAGAAAGGCAUAUAGUGUUAUCAUGCAUUCAAUGGUGAUGGUUCCGGAGCAGAACGAAAAGAGAGUGGAGAAAGAAGAAAUUCGUUCGUCCUUUUUAGCGUCGUUCGAGAAGGAUUUGCAACAGGACAACUGGAUAUAAUCCAUUGCAGGCGGGUUUUGAUGGUCUGUUUGCUCACUGUCGUUUGUAAUUGUUAAUUGGGUCCAUAUUUUGGCUAAAGUAUUUGCACACGCACUCAGGUUUUGGUUAUCAUUACUUCUCCUCAUGCUACCUGUGUCGUCAAAU